ACUGCUCCGUCUCAAAGGUCCACACCUGAACUUUGCUACGGCAGGAAAAGCAGUGCGCUUUCUGGCUUUUACUUUAAACAAACUAAAACAGGGAGCAUAAGGACAGAAUUUGAGCUAAUGGACAGCUCAGACACGAUGUACUGUCUCUCUGCGACGCACGAAUGGGAAUCUGCAGGAUAUGAACCUUCACUUCCUGUUUCGGAGAAGUCCAAUCCCCUUACGCGUGACAUUGAUCGAGCUUCAGCCGACAGCAUUGUAGCAAUGUUACAGGCCUGUGAUGCCCAGAUCUUUCAAGAGGAAACUGGUCCGGCGUACCAGAGGCUUCUCAGUGAGCAAGUGGUGACAACGUUGGUGGAAGUUGCUCAAAAGGUGGAGCUCAUUCUCAAGGAUCCUCAGGAUAGUCUUGUUGUUCUGAGCGGCUGUGGUACCUCUGGUCGACUGGCUUUCCUCGUCACGUCGUUCUUCAACAAAGCGCUGAAGCGGAUGAACCGUAGUUUGGUCUAUUCCUACACCAUCGCAGGAGGCGACAGAGCUCUGUUUUCCUCACAAGAGGCUCCAGAGGACAGCCCCGAACUGGGCAUGCUCAGUCUGAAGAAGGUGUGUGAGGGAAAGAAAAGGGUCUUGUUCAUCGGCAUUUCCUGUGGAUUAUCUGCUCCGUUUGUGGCAGGUCAGCUGGACUUGUGCCUGCAGCAUCCUCAGGUUUACACUCCUGUUCUGGUAGGCUUUAAUCCUGCCCGUCAGGCCAGGGAUGAGCCCAUAUCUGGCUGCAGCUUCACGUUUGGCAGCGUGGUGCGAAGGAUGCAAGAGCUUUCUGAAAGGAGAGAAGCUUUCCUCAUCAACCCUGCAGUUGGGCCGGAAGCCAUCAGUGGUUCUUCCAGGAUGAAGGGCGGAAGUGCCACCAAGAUUCUCCUGGAGGUCGUCUUGUCCGCUGCUCACGCUGCCACUUUCUCCCACGUUCCCGUCACCAAGCAUGGUAUUCUGCAGCUCAUGAAAGUAUAUGAGAGGAGUGUGGAGAUCACAUACUGUCAGAGAGGAGGGAUUACCCGCCUGGUGGAGGCUGCAGGACGCAGUUUGUCGCUCCGCGGGCGUGUUUGUUACCUCGGCUGGGGCUCCCUGGCUUUGGUCGGCCUCAUUGACGCCAGUGAGUGUAACCCCACGUUUGGAGCAGAUUAUGAAGACAUCCGAGGCUUCAUCAGUGGAGGAUACGAAGAAUUCGACAACAAUGAAGGACCUUUAACUUCGCUGGGUCCUGAGUUUUGCAUCGCACAUGAGGAUUUCCUACAUUUGGUCCUGCCCUCCCUCACUGACAAGGACUCUGUUGUGCUUCUCUACACACACUCUGAUGAUUUCAAUGAGGUGGUGAAGUUGGCUCGCAGAGUGAAAGAGAAGACGUCUAACCUCCAUGCUGUUUAUCAUGAGACCGACAGGAACGAUGAAGCUGCUCUACAACAAGAUGAAAUAAUUAAGCUGUGCUCGUCCAGGCUGCACUUCACUUGGGCUCAGGGAGCUACAGCCUCGGAAAGCUUACUACGUGCGCAGUGGGAGCUGUCCACUAAGCUGGUGCUGAACGCUGUGAGCACCGGAGCUCACGUUUUAAAGGGGAAGACGUACCAGAACUACAUGAUUGAUGUUCAGGUCACCAACAGCAAACUGUACCGCAGAGCAACACGUUUACUCCAGAAGCUGUCUGGCCACCCAGAGGGACGAUGUGAGGAGGCUCUUCUAAAGGCGAUCUAUGGAGUGGACGAGCUGACAGAAGAGAUUACAUUCUGUGACAUCAACAAACACACUGACGUUGCUCAAAAUAGGAGAAAGGUGGUCCCGUUGGCUUUGGUCUGUUUGCUGACCGGUUACUCUCUAAAGGAGGCAGAGACCCAUCUGGAGCAGAAGCCAGUUGUUAGAGAGGCGGUGGAGAUGUGGUUGUCGUGAAAGAUGUCAUCACCAGGAUCAGUCUACUCAUAUAAUAUUGUCUGCUGAUACCAAACAUGCCAAACUGUGGA